AUGGUCGAGGAUGUCCACAAGGUAGGCGAGGUGGAAAUCAGCGAGGCCAUGGAGGUUAGGGAAAUGGUAAUGCAGGCAGAGGUACAGUGCAGUCAGGUAGAGAAGUCACCUGUCAUGAUGACAAGGCUUACUGAUGUUCAGGUUGAGUCUAUUCCUGUGGUGUCAGAAUUUAGAGAAGUGUUUCCUACAGAUUUAGUUGGUAUGCCUUCAGAUAGAUAUAUAGAUUUCUACAUUGAUUUGGAACCUGGUACCCGCCCCAUUUCCAUCUCUCCGUAUCGCAUGGACUCAGUAGAAUUGAGAGAGCUUAAGGCUCAAAUCCAAGAACUUCGUGAUAAAGGUUUUAUCUGUACUACUGCUUCCCCGUGGGGUGCUCCUUUGCAAGGUACAUCAAUUUUCUCUAAGAUUGAUCUAAGGUCUGGUUACCAUGAGUUAAAGAUUAGUCCUGAAGAUGUACCCAAGAUGGCAUUUAGAACCCGCUAUGGGCACUAUGAGUUUCUAGUUGUGUCAUUCGGGUUGACAAAUGCGCCUGUAGCUUUCAUGAGUUUGAUGAAUGUUGGGCAUCUCAGAGAAAGGUGGCGAUUAGCUAGCAUUGAGGUAAGGGCCACGUUCAUUGAGGAGAUCAAGGCCAAACAGUUUGAGGAAGAGAAUUUGAAGGAGCUUAGAAAGAAGACAGUGUCUGGUAAGGCACAAGAUAUGGUUCUUGACGCGGGCAUCGAUAUGGCGCCAUUCGAGGCAUUUUAUGGGAGGGGAGGUAGAUCACCCAUAGGAUGGUUUGAGACUAGAGACAUGAAACCUUUGGGGGUUGAAUUAGUAAAGGAUGCUCAAGAUAAACUGAAGAGUAUUCAAGCUAAACUUUUGGCACCCCAGAAUAGACAAAAAAAGUAUGCAGACCAUAAGGUAAGAGACAUGACAUUUCAGAUUGGUGAGAAUGUGCUUCUUAAGGUGUCACCCAUGAAAGGGAUGAUGAUAUUCGAUAAGAAGGGCAAGCUUAGUCCUAGAUACAUUGGACCAUUAGAAAUUCUCGACUGUGUAGGACCAAUAGCGUAUACAUUGGCUUUAUCUCCUAACCUAUCAGGAGCUCAUCUGGUAUUUCAUGUGUCCAUGUUGAAGAGAUAUCAUGGUGACAGGGACUACAUUAUAAAAUGGGACUCAGUGUUGCUAGACAAAGACUUUCAGUGUGAGGAGGAACCAAUUGAAAUUUUUUAUCAUGAUGUCCGAAAGUUGAGGACCAAAGUGAUUCAGUCCGUGAAAGUUCAAUAG